AUGGGUUUACCUUAUGAGAAAAUGCAUGCUUGCCCUAAUGAUUGUGUAUUGUAUCAUAAUCAAUAUGAAUCGUUAGAGAGUUGCCCAAUUUGUAAAGCCUCACGGUAUAAGAAAGGGGAUCGGAGAGUACCUGCCAAAACAUUAUGGUAUUUUCCAAUAGUACCAAGGUUUAAGAGGUUAUUUUCAAAAGAAGAAGAUGCAAAUAAGUUAACCUGGCAUUUUGAUGGUCGAGUAGACGAUGGAAUGCUUAGACACUCGGCUGACUCUCCGCAGUGGAGGUUUAUUGAUGCAAAAUACCCCAAAUUUGUGCAUGAAAAACGUAAUUUACGCCUUGCAUUGUCUACAGAUGGUUUCAAUCCAUUUGGUUCCAUGAGUAGUACGUAUAGUACUUGGCCCGUUAUGUUGGUGACCUACAAUUUACCCCCAUCAUUAUGCAUGAAGAGAAGGUAUAUGUUCCUUUCGUUGCUAAUUUCAGGGCCAAAACAGCCGGGAAAUGACAUUGAUGUGUACUUGGCACCUCUUAUUGACGAUUUGAUUAUGCUUUGGGAAGAAGGUGUGGAAGUGUUUGAUGCACAUCGCAAUGAGAAGUUUAAUCUGAAAGCAAUGCUAUUUUGCAGCAUUCAAGAUUUUCCGGCUUAUGGAAAUCUUUUGGGUUAUACUGUGAAAGGGGAAACAGCUUGUCCUAUUGGUAUGGAGGAUGGCAAAGGACAGUGGUUAAAGGAAUCUGGAAAGCAUGUUUAUCCGGUUCAUCGUCAAUUUUUGCCGUCUGAUCAUCCAUAUCGAAGGAGAAAAAAUGCGUUUGAUGGGACACAAGAAUUCAAAGGGCGACCAAAAGUCAUGUUAGGUGAAGAGGUCUUCGAAAAGGUGAAGGACAUUGAAAUUACUUUUGGAAAGAAACACAGAUCCAUUCUUUCUAAGAAGGGUUUCAAAAAGUGUUCAUGUUUUUGGCAACUGUCCUAUUGGAAAUUUCACUUUGUGAGACAUUCACUUGAUGUUAUGCAUAUUGAGGAGAAUGUGUGUGAUAGCUUGAUUGGUACAUUACUCAAUAUCCCCGGUAAGACCAAGGAUGGUAAAAAAUCUAGAGAUGAUUUGAAGCAUAUGGGGAUUAGAGAUGAAUUGCAUGCUGUUACGAAUGAGAAAGGUCGAGCAUACUUGCCUCCUGCUGCUUACACAUUGUCCAGAAAAGAAAAAAUCGAGUUUUGUGAAAGCUUGGCUGGAGUAAAAGUGCCCGAAGGUUAUUCUUCGGAUAUUCGUAGCCUUGUGAACAUGGAAACUUUGAAACUUGUAGGCCUUAAGUCUCAUGAUUUCCAUGUUUUAAUGCAGCACUUGUUACCUGUAGCAAUUCGUUCGAUUCUGCCUAAAAAUGUUCGUUAUGCUAUUAUUAGACUUUGCGGAUUUUUUCAUGCGAUUUAUAGCAAAGUGAUUGAUCCAAGAGAGUUGACUGCAUUAGAGGAUGAAAUUGUUGAAAUUUUGUGUCAAUUAGAGAUGUUUUUUCCUCCAUCAUUUUUUGAUAUCAUGAUCCAUUUACUGAUUCACUUGGUUAGAGAGAUAAGAUAUUGUGGUCCAAUUCACAUGAGAAAUCAAUGGUGUUUUGAAAGGAAAAUGAGAACCUAUAAGGGAUAUGUGAAGAACGCUUUUCAUCCUGAAGGUUGUAUUGCCGAACGACUAUUUUACGAAGAAGUUCUUGCUUAUUCCAAUGACUAUGUGCUAAAUGCAAUACGGAUAGGGCUUCCUGUAUCUCGUCAUAGUGGUAGAAUGGAUGGUGAGGGGACCAUAGGUCAAAAAUUACGUGACCUAUCCUAUGUUGAUUGGCAUAAGGCUCAUUUAUACAUUCUUCAUAAUGAGGAUGAAGUUAUGCCGUAUGUUGAGAAACACAUGAGCUUCUUGAGGAAAAGCAACAGGAGAGAAAAUGAGAAGUCAUUAGCUGCUGAACAUAGUAGGUCAUUUAUUAGUUGGUUGAAGGAUUAUGUAAUGAAGGAGCUCAUAGAUUCUUCGACUCCAUUUUCUGAUCGACUAAAGACUUUGGCAUUUGGACCCGAUUUUAGUGCAACUUAUUAUUCUGCAUAUGUUAUUAGCGGUUCACAUUUUACACAAGGUUUCAAGAUGAACUUAGUACUAUGCUGA